GACGGUGAAAAAAGAAACUGCAGCCAUAUACGACGCACAUCAUAGGUUCAAACCACAGCACCUCAAGUACCUCAGACCUCUUCCCUUAGUCUUUUUUUUUUUUUUUUAACUGACAUAGGUUCUUCUCCUUCCCCUGUUUAAUUUCCUCACAGAGACGACGACGAUAAAAGAGUGAUGCACAAAAACAUCCUCUCUAGCGGGCAGCAGUGAUGGUGUUACAUUUAUGCCAAGUCUGCAUGAACUUGGUCAGGUUUUCAACCCAGUGCAUGCUUUGUUAGCAAAGACAUAUCACAUACGAGGGGGUGGGUCGGUUAAAAGUUAAAACAUCCUUCAAAUCUAAAAAAAAUAACAUCUUCCAGCUGCUGACUCAUCCCUCCCUCAAAGAACAACCACUGUCAUGCAACCGCUCUUGGUUUUCUUAGCCUCUAUUGUUGAUAGCACUUGAGGUAGGGCUCAGUUCAUUUAUACAAUCCUCAGGCUGCCCUGGCAUCCUAACUGCACUAUCCUACUGUGAGCUGCGCUAAGGGUUUCUGGAGCUGAGUGACCUACUGGCCAGUGCUCGUGAUAUCUAUCAUAUCAAAGGGCCAGAUCUCUGUGGCUGAUUACUGACUCUCUGUAAGUCAUGUCAGGCAUGGGACAACAAUGGCGACCGCAGACUCCCAAGGUCAUGAAGUUGGGGUUGUUAUGAGGAGGACGACGACGUGGACUGAAGGAGGAGGAUGACGAUGGAAAGGUCAAUGACAAUGUUGAUGAUGAUGAUGAUGAUGAUAAUGGUAAUGAUGAUGAUAAUGACGAUGACGUGGAGGAUUACAAGGAGGAGGACGAUGAACAGGCCUGGGAUGAGAACGUGUACAUCUGGUUUUUUAUCUUGACGAUGAUUCUCCCUUUCUGUUUCCGGCUACCUCAUCGCCUUGUCUCCUCGUCGCUCUCCUACUACUACUACUACUACUACUACUACUACUAGUAGUAGUAGUAGUGCUACUGCUACUACUACUACUAGUGCUACUCGUCUUCCUCGUGCUCAUCCUCCGCAUUUUGGACUUACAUCUAGAAUGUCAUUGAAAAUU